ACACCAGCUCCCUUCUGGGGGCCGGGGGUGUGGGGGCUGCCAUGGCCCCCAGCCACCUGUCAGUGCGGGAGAUGAGGGAAGAUGAGAGGCCCCUGGUGCUGGAGAUGCUGAAGGCCGGCGUGGAGGACACAGAAAACCGCGUGGCGCUCCAUGCUCUGACGCGGCCACCAGCCCUGCUCCUCCUGGCAGCGGCCAGCAGUGGCCUGCGCUUUGUUCUGGCCUCCUUCGCCCUGGCCCUCCUCCUACCGGUGUUCCUGGCUGUGGCGGCUGUAAAGCUGGGCCUGCGGGCCCGAUGGGGCUCGCUGCCUCCACCAGGCGGCCUCGGGGGCCCCUGGGUGGCCGUGCGUGGCUCUGGCGACGUGUGUGGGAUCCUGGCCCUGGCCCCUGGCACGAACGCAGGGGAUGGGGCCCGGGUCACCCGCCUCUCUGUCUCUCGCUGGCACCGCCGCAGGGGCGUGGGAAGGAGGCUGCUGGCCUUUGCAGAGUCCCGGGCUCGAGCCUGGGCUGGGGGAAUGGGGGAGCCCCGGGCCCGGCUUGUGGUCCCGGUGGCUGUGGCUGCUUGGGGGGUGGCAGGGAUGCUGGAGGGCUGUGGCUACCAGGCAGAGGGGGGCUGGGGCUGCAUGGGCUACACGCUGGUGAGGGAGUUCAGCAAAGACCUGUGAGGACUGCUACCCCUGAGCUAGAGAAGGGCGCAUCCCCUUCCCCACAGCGCUCUGGGAGGGAAGCCAGCCCCUGUGUGCCCCACAGUGUGCCAGGCACUCUCAUGUCCACUUCCUGGGUGAAUCCCCAGCCCAGCCAGGGCCAGGAAUGGGAGGCCUGCAGAGGGCAGGAGCCUGACCUCUGUGUGUCCUUCCAAAGUGUGAAGUCUGCAGUGUUUGAAUUUCUCCGAGUGGACUGAAUCUCUCUCUCCCUUCCUGGCUCUGGGGGCUGCCAGAGGUCAGCCUGUUCAACCCCCUACCUCAGAUUCUUCCUGCACUGAGAACCCCCACUCUGUCUGUCUGCA